AUGCACGCUAGAGACUGGUUUCUUGCCGUUAUUGCCUUCUUCUUACCCCCAGUGGCUGUCUUUGUCAAGCGCGGCUUCUUCAGCGCCGACUUUUUGAUCAACAUUGUCCUUUUGCUUCUUGGGUUUGUUCCCGGAUUGAUCCACGCGUGGUACAUUAUCGCCCAGUAUCCAUACACCGAGGGUGACCGAGUAAUGCUUCACUCUGAUAACGAGGGAUACGGGGCUGUCUAG